GCGGAGGCGGAGCGGGCGGUGUAAACAGACCCGGGAGCCGGGAGCCCCGGAGGAGGCGCGGGCGGCGCCGCCAUGGACUUCCAGCAGCUGGCAGAUGUCGCGGAGAAGUGGUGUUCCAGCACGCCCUUUGAGCUCAUCGCCGCCGAGGAGUCGGAGCUCAGGAUGGACUUCUACGCCGACCCGGGCGUCUCCUUCUACGUGCUGUGUCCGGACAACGGCUGCGGCGACAGCUUUCACGUGUGGAGCGAGAGCGAGGACUGCCUGCCCUUCUUGCAGCUGGCGCAGGACUACAUCUCUUCCUGCGGCAAGAAAACGCUCCAGGAAGUCUUGGAAAAAGUCUUCAAGUCCUUCAGACCUUUGCUGGGGCUUCCAGACGCAGAUGACGACGCGUUUGAAGAGUACAGUGCAGAUGUGGAGGAGGAGGAGCCAGAGUCGGACCACCCCCAAAUGGGGGUCAGCCAGCAGUAAACGUCUAGGUCACCUUGCAGAAGGGGAGUAAGCCCUGUGCACCCCAUGGGGUCCUGUGCUCCUGGGGUAGCCCUUUUGCAUUAGCUCUUCAAGAACAGGACGUCUGGCUCCUGGCAUCCAAAUGAAAAUGAAAUACCUUUGAAAUGACCACACAAUAUCUGUGAUGAGAUUUGCUCAGAAGUGACCAGAAUUUCGGCCCCACUUUGGCGGGGGUCUCUAUGGAGAUGUCUUGGUAGCUUUUGAAGUUAGAGUCCAUGUUGUGGCUGCCUGUUCCCUCUUGAGUUUAUGUUAGAGGAUUAAUGUUUCCUAACUGGAAUGUAGAGAACUCUGAAUGUAUUAAGGAUGUGUUUUGAGUCCUCACAGGUGACCUUGCUGAGGAAAAGCAUGACGGAGGAGAAACGCAGCCUGAACGUUUUAUGUACCUUUUAAGUGUCCGUCAGUGAAAGGUUUUGCUUAAAAAGCAUGAGUUUUAAUAUCUAGUCAUGAUCUGCACACGUGCAAACGCAGAAGGUGAGAGCGGCUGAGGCUCCUUGGAGAGUUCACCAUGGUUGCAUAGGUUACCUGGGCAUGUAGCAGCCAGCCACUGGCCGGUGUAAAUGUUUCGUGGUUGUUUGAUCGUUUUUAAAACCUGCUGAUUCCAAAGCCACUUUUAAAUUCUUAUAGUGGAAAGUGUAGAUGGGGCAAAAGAUAUAAAUGACUGAUGUCUCUAAGCUAUUUAUAAACCUGCAUAUGAAACAUUUACCUUUUCUCUUUAUGAUGAGAUGGCAACUUAUUACAUCAUGGGAACAGCCAGGAUCUGAGCAAGUGCCCCUUAAGCUUUGAAGCCAUAGAUAACUCUAACAGGAAAAUAAACUAGGAUAAAAAUAUUAAUAUAAUGGAAUCCUUUGCUUUCCUAAUCUAUUAUUUUUUAGAGAAUGUCAAGAAAGGCUCCCAGUGAGUUAAUUUAUUUAAAAUUAUAAUUAAAUCCUCUAGGGAACCUACUUGCAGUGAAAUUUUAAAGGGGCAUGAAAGCAAGAAUCUUAAUUACGGGAAUGCUUGGUUAAAAGAGGAUGAUUUUAAUGAUGGGGACACAGAGACAACUCCCAGAAGUAACUGCUGUCAUUAUUUAGCCAAUAAAUACUUAGCAGGACAUUC